UCCGGCCGAUCGAUAAAUGCGAGAUAAAGUAUUUGAACUCGCGCAGUCAGAGCGCGCAAGAGUCGGUGUUUUCGGCAAAAUAGCGCAUUGUUUUAAUAAUAAAUGGCUGCUAAAUAAAGUGUUUAUAUUGCGUGACAAAGUUUAAAAGUGAAUAAAAACCAUCAUGUCUUACCACUACGUGGUCACAGCCCAAAAACAGACUUCGGUCACAGCAUGUGUAACAGGAAACUUCACAUCACCAACAGACCUAAAUCUACUAGUAGCAAAGGUGUCUCGCCUGGAGAUGUACUUGGUCACACCAGAAGGACUUCGCCCCAUGAAGGAAGUUGGUUUAUAUGGAAAAGUUGCAAAGAUGAAACUCUUUAGACCACCGUAUGAAAAUAAAGAUCUAGUAUUUAUUCUAACUGCAAGAUACAAUGCCAUGAUACUAGAAUGGCGUACAGGUGCAAAUGGUGAUCUCGAAGUUGUGACACGUGCACAUGGUAAUGUAUCCGAUCGAAUUGGGAAACCAUCAGAGAAUGGCAUCCUAGUUGUGAUAGAUCCCCAGGCAAGGGUCAUCGGGUUGAGGCUGUAUGACGGUCUCUUCAAGAUUAUACCAUUGGAGAAGGACUCAGCAGAGCUGAAGGCUGCCAGCUUGAGGUUAGAAGAAUUGAAUGUUUACGAUGUCGAAUUCCUUCAUGGGUGUGCGAAUCCUACAUUGAUACUGAUCCAUCAGGAUACAAAUGGGAGACACAUUAAGACACGCGAAAUAGGCUUAAGAGAUAAAGACUUUAUAAAAGUAUCAUGGAAACAGGAUAAUGUUGAAACUGAAGCAUCCAUACUCAUUCCGGUUCCGAGUCCACUAGGCGGAGCCAUAGUUAUUGGUCAAGAAUCUAUAGUGUAUCAUGACGGUCAGAGCUAUGUGGCUGUCGCUCCACCGCAGAUCAAGAUGACACCUAUCAACUGUUACUGCCGCGUGGACAGCCGCGGCCUCCGCUACCUAGCCGGCGACAUCGCGGGGAGACUGUUCAUGCUGCUGCUGGAGCUGCACGAGAAGAUGGACGGCACGCAGGCCGUCAAGGACCUCAAGGUCGAGCUCUUAGGCGACAUCCCCAUCCCGGAGUGCAUGACGUACCUGGACAACGGCGUCGUGUUCAUCGGCUCCCGGCUGGGCGACUCCGCGCUGGUCCGCCUGUCCAGCUCCCGGGACGACACGCACCAGUACGUGCUGCCCAUGGAGACCUUCACCAGCCUCGCGCCCAUCGUCGACAUGUGCGUCGUGGACCUCGAGCGCCAGGGACAGAGCCAGCUCAUCACCUGCUCCGGGGCGUUCAAAAUGGGUUCGUUACGGAUCAUCCGCAACGGGAUCGGCAUCCAGGAGCAGGCCUCCAUCGACCUGCCCGGCAUCAAGGGCAUGUGGCCCCUCACCCUCGCCCCGGACUCCGCCCACCACGACACCCUGGUGCUGUCCUUUGUCGGACAAACUAGGGUGCUGGCGCUUAAUGGCGAAGAAGUCGAAGAGACGGAGAUCAAGGGGUUCCUCUCGGACAGACAGACGUUCUUCACAGGCAACGUAUGUUACGACCAGCUGAUACAGGUGACGGACGAGGGCGUGCGGCUGGCGGGUCGCGCGGGCGCGGGGUGGUGCGUGACGUCACAGUGGCGCGCGCCCGCCGCGCUGUCCGUGGUGGCGUGCGCGCGCAGCCGCCUCGUGUGCGCCGCCGGCCCGCGCCUCUACCUGCUGCUGCUGCACGAAGCCGCCAUCGAGCUCAAGGCCGAGGUGUGCAUGGAGGAGGAGGUGGCGUGCCUGGACCUGGGCCCCGGCGAGGAGCAGGCGCUGCUGGGCGUGGGGCUGUGGACCGACAUCUCCGUGCGCGUGCUGCGCCUGCCCGACAUGACGCCGCUGCACACCGAGAAGCUGUACGGAGAGAUAAUACCGCGGUCGCUCAUCAUCAGCGUGCUGGAGGGCGUCUGCUACCUGCUGUGCGCUCUCGGGGACGGCUCCAUGUUCUACUUCACCGUCGACCAGAAGACCGGAGUGUUGUCCAACAAGAAGAAGGUGACCCUCGGCACCCAGCCCACCGUGCUCAGGACCUUCAGGUCGCUGUCCACGACGAACAUAUUCGCGUGCUCGGACCGGCCCACCGUGAUAUUCUCGUCCAACCACAAGCUCGUGUUCUCCAACGUCAACCUCAAGGAGGUCACGCACAUGUGCUCGCUCAACGCGCAGGCCUACCCCGACAGCCUGGCGCUGGCCACGGACAGCACGGUGACCAUCGGCACCAUCGACGAGAUCCAGAAGCUGCACAUCCGCACCGUGCCGCUCGGGGAGACGCCGCGCAGGAUCGCCUACCAGGAGGCCUCUCAGACCUUCGCCGUGAUAACGAUGCGCGUGGAGAAGCUGGAGUGGGGCGGCGGCGAGGCGGGGCGGGCGCUGGACCACGAGCUGCACAACCUGCUCAUACUCGACCACCACACCUUCGAAGUGCUGCACUCGCACCAGCUGAUGUCGAGCGAGCUGGCCAUGUCGCUGAUGUCGUGCCGCCUGGGGGACGACCCCGCGCACUACUACGCCGUGGGGACCGCCAUACUCAACCCCGAGGAGCCGGAGCCUAAAAAGGGCAGGAUACUGCUGUUCCACUGGUCCGAAGGGAAACUGGUACAAGUGGCCGAAAAGGAAAUCAAAGGGGGCUGCUACUCGCUGGUGGAGUUCAACGGCAAGCUACUGGCCGCCAUCAACAGCACGGUGCGGCUGUUCGAGUGGACGUCGGACAAGGAGCUGCGGCUGGAGUGCAGUCACUUCAACAACAUCGUGGCUCUGUACCUGAAGGCGAAAGGAGACUUCAUCCUGGUCGGGGAUCUGAUGCGCUCCAUGUCGCUACUGCAAUAUAAACAGAUGGAGGGCAGCUUCGAGGAGAUAGCCCGCGACUACAGCCCCAACUGGAUGACGGCCGUGGAGAUCCUGGACGACGACACGUUCUUGGGCGCAGAAAACAGCUUCAACCUCUUCGUCUGUCAAAAGGACAGCGCGGCCACCACGGACGAGGACCGGCAGCAGAUGGGCUACGCGGGGCAGUUCCACCUCGGCGACAUGGUCAACGUCAUGCGCGCCGGCUCCCUCGUGGCGCCGCACCACCACGCAGACUCCGCCGCGCCCACGCACCGCCCCGUGCUGCUCGCCACCGUGCACGGCGCCAUCUUUUUAGUGGCUCAGAUAUCCCAGGAGCUGUUCGAGUUCCUGCAGCAGGUGGAGGAGCGGCUGUCGCACUGCAUCAAGUCCGUGGGCCGCAUCCCGCACGCCUUCUGGCGCUCCUUCAACACCGACAUCAAGACCGAGCCCGCCGAGGGGUUCGUCGACGGGGACCUCAUCGAGACCUUCCUCGACCUCAACAGGGACGUGCAGCACGACAUCGUCAAGGGACUACAGAUCGACGAGGGCAGCGGCAUGAUGAGGGACGCCAAAAUAGACGACUUAAUCAAAAUAGUGGAAGACCUAACGAGGAUACAUUGAGUCGUUGUAAUAAGCAAUCUAUUUGUAAUUGUUAUGGUGGAUUGGGUUAUGCGAGAGGAACUAAUUAGCUGCCAAAGCCUUCAAAAUUAAUAGCAAUUCGAUUAAAUCGAUAUUAAACUUUAUGAUACUUAAUUGGUCUAGAUUCGUGAUACACAUUAAUAAUUAAAUUUGAUUCUAAAACGCGAGUCUUCGGUAUAAACAAUAACGCGGUAGUGCCAAAAUGAUUGCGAUUCAGAUUUUUAAAUGGAAAUCUAAAUGAACAAUUAUAGAUCUGUUUAUCCGAAUUAGUUGGAGAAAGACUGCUAGGUGGCGCAAAGGGCGGCCCAAUCAAUAAACCAUUUCAUAUUUCCAGUUAAUAAAGUAUCAAAAUUCAGUAUUAGGAGACUGCGUUAGAAAGGCUACAGAAAAUUACAUUAUUCACAUUAUUCGUUCGAGGCGUGGUGCCGUCUCGCAUAACUACGUUCAUAAAUAAUCUUCUUAUAUGUGUAAUAAUAAUGUUUUUUUUAAAUUUCAAUAAAACUUAUUGAUGUGUAA